ACGGUGUACUUUCUGAACAUUAUCUGAAGAUGGCAAGUUUACCACUUCGUCUGUCUAUCAGUCUAUUCUCCCUGCUCCUUUUCUCCCUAGGAAGCUUAAAUUCACGUGUUUCAGAACCUACAACACCUGCCAUAUUUGUUUUCUGUGACUCACUGAGUGACAAUGGCAAUACUAUAUCAUCCUUCCCUUUCCAGUAUGAGUCUCAAGGCUUCCCAUAUGGCUCAACAUUCUUCAACACUCCAACUGGACGAUGGUCCGAUGGCCGAAUUAUUGUUGAUUUCCUUGGUAAUCAAUAUGGUUUAUACGUUCCUUUCCAUCUCUCCUUACAGAUCAACCAGUUUAUUCAGUUCAAACAAACUGUUUUGGCUUCUCUGAAAUCUACAAAGGAUCCCAAAUGUGUUGUUCCUCGUGUCCCAUCACCAAGUGCAUUUAGAGAUGGAACUUAUGUGAUCUUCACCGGUAUGAAUGACAUCCUAUUUGGUCUAUAUUCAAAUGGGCUUACUCCUUCUGAUGUCAAAACAAAGAUAGUUCCAGAGAUGAUGGCCACAAUCACUAAAGCAAUUGUUGAUCUUCACAAACAAGGCGGAAAUAAUUUUAUGGUCUUCAGCAUCAUGCCUCUAGGAUGCACCCCUCUUGCUCUAACCGUCGACUCACAAGGUUCAAGAAACGAAUUGGGCUGUUUGAAAGAUACCAAUGAUGUUGUCAACUUUGCAAACCAGGAGCUGGAGAAGUCCCUUCAAUCUGUUUCAUCCGUGAAGAUAAAAUUGAAAGCCUGUUGCGGGAAUGGUGGCACUUACAACUUUGAUCUAAAGAAAUUUUGUGGAGAUACGUCCACAGCAAAAGCUUGCACCAACCCAGGGAAAUAUAUAAGCUGGGAUGGUCUUCAUUAUACAGAUGCCUUUAACCAGAUUUUCAUUCAAGAGUUGGUGAAAGGGUCAACAUUUCUAAAGCCUUUGCCUACUUCGGGUUCAUAGGCAUGACAAUUUAGGA